AGAAAAUAACACAUACCAAACAUUAAAAUAACGCAAGUCACUAUCUAGACACCAGGUUUAUCAUGGAAGUAUAAUCCCCUUAGUGUUCUAAAUUACAUCAAGUGUAGCUAGGGUAGAACAGAAUCUACAGUAGCAGUUUUCAUCCGAAUCAUUGCUGUGAAGAGUUUCUUCUUUGAGUGUUGAUGACUGAUCACAUCUUUCCUCAAAAUAAUCAUAACAUUGGGAUUUGAGGACCACGUCAAAUCUGGUGGGCACUGGAAAUGACGUCGUAUCUUAUGCAAAAAGAAUCAUCACACAUGGUAACACCACCAAAAUGGACAAAGUCAUUGGUUUUACUGCAACCCAGUACAUCCCAGAUUCCGAGCGAGCACAAAGGCCACUUUUCAAAGAUCAGAACAUUGCUCAUUCCUCGCCACAGCACACGUUUCUGUGCUUCAUUAUAUCGUCUUCCCAAUAUACCCUUUCUCGAAACUUCCAAACCCUAACAAAAGCCCCUGCGCUCUCUUCCCUCCUCCCGCGGCUGGACAUGGAGAGUUACGGGUCGGGUCACCGGCCUUACAGUGGUGACAGGAGGAUGGAGGUGGUGAGCGGUAAAAGCCACGGUUGGAGUGCAGAUUCUACUCAGGGGAGUGAAAAAGCUUGGAGAUUCAGUGACCCAGAAGCGAAGAGAAAGAAAAGGAUAGCGAAGUACAAGGUUUACGGCGUGGAAGGGAAGGUUAAGGCUACGGUCAAGAAAGGACUUCGAUGGAUCAAGAAAAAAUGCUCUCAGAUCGCCCAUGGCUACUAAUGCAGAGACUUGUUGCCACGGUAAGUACUGAUAUUGCAAUUUCUGAACGUUGAGAUUGCAUUUCGUGAUUCUCACCAUCACAUGCAAAGGUUUUUCCUCCCAAUGUUCCGUUCUUCUCAGACCACUUCAAAAUAUAGAAUCUCUUAUGCGCGAGGAUUAUCUUGUUGCUUGUCUGGUUGUCCUGGAAUUAGAGCUGUUAACAAAGAUUUUCCUAAUCCAAAUUUUGAUGUAAAAGUUGUUUGUUCUG